AUGGAAAGAUACGCUCCUCUGAUGAACGAAGCUAUAGCGUAUGCGAAAGAACAAAGCGCGGGCAAAAGUCAAGAGCAGAUUCUUGAGUUGGCAAUGGAUCGAUUAUUUGUUGUCUUUGGCAAGGAGAUUUUAAAGGUAAUCCCUGGACGCGUUUCAACUGAAGUUGAUGCUAGGCUUUCCUUUGAUGUUGAAGCAUCCAUUGCAAAGUCACUUUCAUUAAUAGAACAGUAUGCCAAACUUGGUAUCGACAAAGAACGUGUCUUGAUAAAAUUGGCGUCUACAUGGGAAGGCAUUCAAGCUGCGAAGUAG